AUGCAUAUUCCUAAACUCUUGGAAUUCUCCACUUACCUCGGUCUGAGUUAUGGUGCUUGCGAUACAAACGUCACAAUAUCAGGGCUAGGAAGAGCUGCCGAUGGACAGCCGGCUCUCGAUCGCCCGAUCGGUCUCUUUUCUUUUGGAGGAUCAAAAUGCUCGCCAGAAACCACAGUUCAGACUCAAGACAUCACAUAUAGCCACAUCAGCAUCCGCAGUUCUUCAAGAUCAGACUGGUACAGCUACUAUGGAUUCCCAACUUUUGACUUAUCCGCACACUGCGAUAUUCAAAGCUCGGGCGUUCCUCUGCGAGAGUUUGUCCAGACAGGACAUUUCACAUGGACAUUAAUCCCCGAGCAAAAAAUCACAAACAUUGUGUGCGAAACUACUCCUCAUACCAUGGUCAACUUCAUCGGACGCGAGAAAGAUGGAACACAAGUUUUCCGCACGGAAAAAGUGGUUGGAAAUUCAGAGCUGGGAUUCAGAUUUGACUCAGAGUCUCCAACCACAAUCCAUCAACUCGAGUCUACCUACCCCUACUUCAGCUCCUGCAAAGUUUCAAACGGAAAGAAUAAAUUCUCGUUCACGAAAACCGAUCGUGGAAUUUAUACCAUUCAUCCCCCACAAUCUAAGCUCAAGAUUUUGUGUCCGGAUUUGGCUUCGUAUCCGUGGAAAGGAACGUCGAUGCCAAAAUUGUAUGUUCAGGGUUCGUGA